AUGCCGUACGAGUCCGCGGGUUCUGUUGCGAGUGGCCUGAUGGAUGCGCCCCAUCCCAACGUGGGCGAUCGUUACAUGUCAGGAGGUGCUGCCGCGGCUAAUACGUUUACGAUGCGCUCCAACUGUUCGAGGGCGUAUAAGCUGCUGGAGUCUGACGACGUCGAUGAGCAUAAUCCGCCUGGGGCUGGUAGCUCGGGUGCAGAGGCGAGAACAGCUAAGAAAAAGAAAGGUUCCUUCAUCGGUGUGUUUGUCCCUACGUGCGAGAACAUGUGGGGG